GGCGUGUGCGGGCUGCGGGCGUGUGCGUGUGAGUCUCGAUGAUUAUGACGGCUGGUGGUGGAAGAGAUCGAAGAGAUUUGCAUUACGUUUGGCAUGAGUAUCAGAAGUAUUUAAAACCGCAAGUUUGCCAAUUUUCUUCUCCCUUUCUCUGUCUUCUUUCUUCACUUGAGAAUAACCGCGCGAGAGAGCGAGGAUAAGGGAGAGGAGCGCGAGGUUGCGCGCGAGGAUGAGCCUCAGUCUCACGAAAUUGUUCUCGAAGAAGAGGAGCGGUCACCCGGUCGACAACACCGUGGCCGCGGAGAUCGGUUUGCCUACCAACGUCUCACACAAAUUCCACGUGAGCAAAAAUGCGGAGACCGGGCAGCUUGAGGGUCUGCCGGACCCGUGGAUACGUCUGCUCAACACCCAGAUCACCAAAUCGGAGCAGGACGAGCAUCCCGAUGCCGCGUUGCAGGCCAUCAAGUUCUAUAAUUAUUCGAUCAAGCGCAGACCGCAGGACCAGGAGGUCUUCAAGCCGCUCGUCACGCAGGACCUGAUCGAGGAGGAGUCGCAGGAGAUCGACAACAUCCUGACGAAGAAGUAUCGCUCGGACGGCUCUGACAAUGAUCGCUUGACCUCCGAGGGCUCGACGGACGAACAGACGUUGCCUGAGCUGCCGCCGAAAGUGAACAAGCCGCCGAAACCGCCAAAACCACCGAAACCACCAAAGCCGACGCCUCGCAAGUGCAAUGACAGAGUAGAGAAGACCCUCACCGAGAUCCUGGAGGAUCUGAAUACCUUUGACAUCAGCGACGGUGAGAACGAACUGCCACGGGAGGAGGAGGAGAAUGUUUCGCCGAGCAGAAUAGAGGAGAGUCCCAUCCUGCGAAGAAAGACCGAGUGUACAGAUGUAAAACUCAGUGAUGAACAGGUGUAUGAGGAACUCCGGGCUAUCUGCCAACGUGGGGAUCCCAACUUGCGCUUCGAGAAAACUAAAGAGGUAGGCGCUGGUGCCUCUGGGACUGUGUUCAUAGCUACCGACCUUCAGCAUGGUCAAAAGGUAGCCAUAAAGGACAUAGAUUUGUCAAAGCAGCCAAAGAAAGAGUUGAUAUUAACCGAGAUUAAGAUCCUCAAGGAGUUUCAACAUCCAAAUCUGGUCAAUUUCCUCGAUGCUUACCUGGUGAACGAGCACCUCUGGGUAGUCAUGGAGUUACUGGAGGGUGGACCGCUCACGGAUGUAGUCACCGAGACUGUGAUGAAGGAGGCUCAAAUCGCAGCAGUCUGCAGAGAGGUCAUCAAGGCGAUAAGCUUCCUGCACACCAGGGGCAUCAUUCACAGAGACAUUAAGUCGGACAAUGUGCUGUUGGGCAUGAAUGGUGCGGUGAAGGUUACAGAUUUUGGUUUUUGCGCGAAUAUCGAUGGUGAUGAGAAACGACAGACUAUGGUCGGCACUCCAUAUUGGAUGGCGCCGGAGGUGGUGACGAGGAAGCAAUAUGGCAAGAAAGUGGAUAUCUGGUCGCUAGGUAUAAUGGCUAUAGAAAUGAUAGAGGGAGAACCACCUUACAUGAAGGAGACCCCACUGAGAGCGUUAUACUUGAUCGCUGCCAUCGGUAGACCCUCCAUUCCAAGAUGGGAUAGCCUUAGUCCGACGUUCCAAAAUUUUCUGGAGAGAUGUCUCGCUGUGGAAGUCGAUGAGAGAGCAACCGCCGACGAGUUGCUCUCUCAUCCGUUCCUACAAAACUGUGCAGAAUUAUCUACACUCACGCCACUGAUCCGUGUAGCACAGAAAAUUCUCCAAAAAGCGUUUCGUUAAUUAUUAUCGUUAAAGAAUUUCAUACUGUAACAUUCACAAUAUACCGUUUCACGAUACUUCAUUGCUUGUAUAUAUUGAAUUAAAGAACGAAAAGAAAA